AUGAGUGGAGGUCAACUGAUUUCCAGGCAAGAAAUAUCUUGGUCCCGUCAUUCAGUUUGUCUCGGGCUAAUAAGUGAUCGGGUGUAUAGCUUUGGUGAUCCAAACGCUCAGCCUCCCACGCCGAACCGAACCCCCACCUCGGUGGUCUUCCCGAGUCCCGUUUUCGAAACGCCCAAGAACAAUCGAGGGCCGUUUGAAGAUUCGUCUAGCUGGACACCCCGAUUUGUUGAGGAGUAUUCCGUUUUCAACGCGACGCCGGGCAACCUAAGGGGCGCUCAGGGCCCGUUCGCCGAUUUCUACAGCGCAACUCCGUACCCAAAUCCCACUGGUCACAAACGACCAUUGUCGGCUGAGAAUAUAGCCGCCGAAAUCGCAGCCCAUGUCAACCACUUCAUACCCAACACCAACCUACCUUUACCGCCUGUUGACCCUUCCAGAAGGUUAGCUUCGUCUCCCGGGCCCUUGACGACGGGAGGAGCAGGUCCUCCAUCUGAUUCUCAUUUCCAGGAGCGGUCCGUCAAGAAGGUUCGACGAAGAACCUUGGAGGAAGACCUGGCCCGGCAAACCGUGACCCCGCCACCGUCAGCGUGCAAGGGGGAACGAAAGCUUGCGCCCAAGAUCCAGACGGAAAUCAUGCACAAUGACCAAGGCUACGGUCAGGAGUAUGGGGCCGGCACAUCACAGCAGAACACCCUACCAAAUCUCGUCACAUCACCAACCGACAUGUUUGGCUAUGCCAUAUCUGCGCCGGCCACGGCUCCCGUCUUCACCGACUCGGGCCACUUCUGGGACGGGGAUAUGAGUGGCAUGGAUAUCGACUUUUCCACAGCCGCCGCAAAUGUAUACCAGGCACCAAGCCACCGGCCGAUGAACUCAUUAGACUGGGGUAGAUCGAAUGAGAUGUUCCAACCGACUGGUGCCAUCCCGCAACAACCCCAGAAUCAAGAGAACCGGCCAAUCCAAAGGAGAGAAAGAGCAUUGGCACCCAAGCCUGCCUUGCCGAACUUAGAAAGUAGUGACCAAGAUGCAUCGAUGUAUGGUGCUUCCUUCACCACUCCCAUCGACAACUCCUUCAGCAUGGUGAGACAGGGUGGAGGGGUCGAUCCCGGAUUGUUGUUCAGUAGACCGUCCUCUUCUGGUACGGAAAUGGCUGCGUUCGACCGAAUGGCUCAAGCUUCCUUGACGCAAUCCAUGUUGCAACCGGAACCAUUGCAGCAUCCCGUGAAGCCUGUUACGCAGGGAGGGUUGCGACGCUCGGCAACCACACGAGAGACGGGCGCAACGAACAAGCUGGACAGAACCUCGGCAAGCUCACCCAGCAAGCCUUCGGGUCGUCCUGGCUUGUCGCGUAGUAUGAGCGAGAACCGUGGAAAGAAGUCAGCAAGCAGAGCAACGACCCUGCCUACUCUAGCGCCCGCUAUUCGGCCAACGCCACAGCAGCCCACGAGUCGUUCAGUGCCCAAGUCUUCGAGGUCAAACGGGAGAACGUCGCCCUCCAAGAGUCACCACCGGCUUUCCAGCUUGAGUUCGAUUCCGGAAGCAACUGGCCCGAAGACGCGCACGUCUGUCAAGUUUACUAUCGACUCCAGGGGCCGGGCUCGAGCGGAAACAACGACGGUCGUGGUCGACGACGACGAUGAAGAAACGACCCCGAGAGUUAUUCGAUGUAGGAAGCCUCCAAGGAACAGAAGCAGAGAAUUGGAGCCAUCAGACGACGAUGCAUCAUCAAGUGAUGACGAGCCCAUUAUUAUCCCAAGCAGAAACCUCUCGUUUGCGCUCCCGGACCCCAUCAAACCAAGCUCGUCGCAUCCGUUCCAGCCAUCGCAAAGCAGCAUCAACGAGCGAAGUAUCAGUAGUCUGGGUAUUUACUUCCACGAGCCCAACCACAACGAUGUCGAAAGCGAGGCGGAAACCGUUUUGAAUGAGCCCCAGAGCAGCCGGGGCGACGCUGCUAGCGAACUUCGAAAGAUGAUUGAAAAUCGACAGAAAUGGGCCUCAUUGAACACAAGUCAGCGAUUUGUCUCGGGACCGUCUUAUAGUAACUCCUCGACCAUUUCCCCCACCACCGAGGGUGGUUUGCCCACUCCAACCUCCAGUCGAGGUAAUAUCAUCAAAUGCGUCUGUAACAAUACCGAGACUCCCAGGAAUACUGAUGGCUUCAUGGUCCAGUGUGAGUCGUGUGAAAAUUGGCUCCACGGCAAAUGCAUAAAUAUCAUAUCGCGGCAGGAGAUGCCCUGUGUCUAUAUCUGCGCCUUCUGUGCGAACACGCCGGCACAUGGGGCCCGCGAUCGAGACGCCGGGAGGAAUGUAGGAGUUCCCAGUCGGGAAUCGGCCGCAUCUCCGUUGGCUCACAAAUCUUUCCAGUCGUUCAGGUGA